GCGACCUCCGUAAUUGUUUAAAGUGUCACGUUAGGAUUUGUAUAACUAGUUGUUAUUCUAUUUUAAUAGUUACUGUAUUUAGCUAGUUCAUUUUAAUGGAUGAUACGAAGUCGGAAACGAUCUUUAAUAAACUUAAUCACGUUUUUAAGUUGAUUUCUUUUGGAAAAUUAAAAGAUGAUAUUGACGAUUCGUUAUUGGAGAAGUUAAUUACUUUUGUCAAAGAAGAAAAUGAAAAAUCUGGAAAUUUUGUUACUGAAAUGCUUAGAAGGACAGAACUAGAAAAAUAUCUAGAGAAAGCUUUAAACAGAGAACUAUCUGAUAUAAACUGCACAACAGUUUCCUUCUUGUUAAAACUGUUGGCUGUGUGUCAUAAUCAUAAUGAUAUUCUAUCAUCAUUAGAAAGGAAUGAAAAGAAACUCCUGUGUCUGAUAAGUAAUAUAUUUGAAGAAAAAAAUUAUCAAGUGAUGAAUUUUUCGGUAAAAGUGUCGGUAUUGGAAUUUCUCAGCAUAUUAGCAGCAAAAGAACAAUAUAUUCUAUGGCUUCAUAGUAAUGGUGCUAUAGAUUUUGGUAUGUGCUGUUUAGGUGAAGAUAGUUUAUAUGUGCAAAGAACUGCUGCUAAUUUAAUAGCAAUACAACUAUCUACACUUCUAAAUGCUUCCAAAUGUAAUGCUAUUAACAAAGAUAAUUUUCUAAAGAUUUUUGAAGAUACUUUGUUAGAAUUAUUUAAUUAUCUGCAAGAUUCUUCUAUAUCACUAAAGCUUGAUAGAUCAAGAAAGUUGAUUGAUUCUACUGUUGAAGUAUUUAGAAUAUUUUCAGAAUUGCAACCAAAUAAUAAAACUUUGAUCCCUGUUCCAAAGGUAAUAGAUAUUAUAAACAGGAAUUUAAGAAGCAAUAAAAUGAAUGAAAUUUAUAUAAACAAGUUGUUGGAAUUAUUAUCUAUUUUUGUUUCCCCAUGGCAAGACCAGUGUAUCAUUGAAGAAUUGGUUAAGAAGUUAAUUGAUGUUAAACAUAUACAUGCUAUUCUACAUUUCCUAUCUCUGUCUAUCAUUCGGAAUCAAUCAAACGAAACUUUGUCUAAAGAGAUAAUGGAUAUUUUCUUAUCUCCUUUAUCCUACUUAACAGACACGGGAGACGUGCCUCCUUACAUUCUAUCCUGCUUAGAAUCGACUCUAAAUAACAAAAAUUCAACUAUUAAAAUUAUUAAUUUAAACAUAUCUUCUAUUUCUAAAAUUGCCAAGAAGUUAAGCUGUCAGCAAAAACAAGAAAUUUGUCUACAGUUGCAAAGCUUGCUUUCGCUUACAACAGAAUGUUCAGUCAGAUCUACGUUGCAAGGUUAUCCGUUCAACUGUCAAAGAUUACAAGUUGCAUUACUUACAUUCUUCUUAGAUAACUUUGAACUUUACGAUAGCGAAUACAUAAAACUCGACAUAUCUAGAUUAACAACGGCCGUCAUUAAUUUAUUGGAAAGUCCAAACACAGUUUCGCCGGUAAUUGAUAAGUGCACUAAACUUUUAGGGAAACUUCUUUGUUUGUGGGGAAAAUUGUGUGUACAGCAAGAUGAAGAAUGGGGAAAAUUUCCUCCUUUGGAUGCUUUCAGAAAUGUUUUAACAAAACGAUUGCUCGAUCCGAACUGGGAAGUAAUAGACAGCACUCUGUGUUUAAUUAAUGAUAUAUUUUUUUCACACGAAGACAUUAUCCCUUGGUUCUGUAAGCAGUCCUUUCAUACCAUUAUAUGGGACAUUGCAAAUUCCGAAGUUUACGAAGGUUACAUCAGAGCAACAGCCAUUCAAACAGUUUCCUAUUUUAUCUUAUCUGCCGAAGGAUGGAAACGUCUCUUUGAAGAUAAAAAGAUUUCUUUGGAUAAUGCUUUAUUAAUUUACUGUCGAGCUUUAUUGUGCGACUCGGACACUUUUGUACACCGAGCUGCCGCAAAAGCCAUCUUUAAUUGGAUCGAAAGCAAAGAUGUGCCUCAAUAUUUCUAUAAAUCUCUUUAUUUGGCAGUUACCACGGACUUAGAUUGGGAAGUGAAAAUGUCUGCCUUAAAAAGUUGGGAAUUUAUUCUCAACCAGAAUUUAACUUUGUCAAAUAACAACGAUCAAAAAUUGCUGACGGAUUUGUGUCAGUGCGGUUUUGCUCGUUCUUUUACAAGUGCAAUCGAAGAUCACGAUAAAACUGUACAAAACGUAGCAGUUAAGAUUCUUCUCGACUUAAUAGGUCACCUCACGUCUAUAAAUACCGAUACAUCAUCGUCUGGAUUAAAUAAUUUUAUACGCAGAGCUAAAGAUGACCUAAAAUUGGGAUCCGACUCCAUGAGUAUUUCUAUUAAUGAUGAAAGCAGAUCUAGAAUAAUUGAAAGUGUUCUUGAUAUCGAAACUGACAAACAAAUUUGUGAUCUGAUUAAACCUAUUUCAAAAGUCAAUGAUGUUGUAGAUAUUUUGCAUAGUACCGACAUAGAAAUGGAUGUAAAAGACUUUGUAGAAAUUCUACAAUCUGAAAAUUUGCGAUCAAUCUUGGAAGAAAGUGAAAAAUCAACAGAUCUUUAUACAAAUAAUUUUGAAUCUCUAUUGGAUGAUAUCAUCAAUUGUGAAGACACGAAAUUUCCAGGAAUGGAUUGUUAUUAAGAUUCAAUUUUUUUAAUCUAUCAUCAUCUUUUUA